UUCAGAACACCAGUGAGAUCGGAAGUGCGCAACAAUGAGGCUCGUGUUGUUUGUGAUCUUAUCACUCUGCAUUGAAUCCGUGAUUCUGGGCAGUGUUUCGCCGAAGCUGGACUUCGCGUCGGAAUCUGUGGAAGAGUCUGGCGAGAGAAAAUUCUACGGAGUUCACGUGAUUGUGGACACAACAAAGUCCAAGAGAACCAGUGAUCAGACGUCUGAGGAGAUCAGUGUGAGUCCCGGCAAGAGUGAGAAGACGAUUGGCAUCAGGACGGAUAUCACCUUCGAGAUUCCAGCCAGGAAGAUCAAUGAGUCGGCGAAUGGCACGAAGAGCACGGAGAAUGAGUCCAGCGGCACGGCGGAGGAUGAAAAUGUGCCGGUGUUCAAGGGCAGAGACUCAGAGGCGAUGCCAGAGCCUAAAUUCCACAGCAGAGGCGACAGCAGAGAUUGGAAGCCGCUGAUCCUGCCGAACAAUUACGAGGGCUUCUGGACAACGGAGAGGAGCUUCCUGCCGCUUCAACCGCCGCGCAAUCGUCAGCUCUACGGGAAGUUGAAGCCUCCUUUUGUCCCCUACAUGAUCGGGCAGAAUGAGAAGGUCGCCGUGAAGCCACUCUUCAAGCCCUGUCGCUGUGGCGAUUCUUACGACAGUGACGUGAGUUUCGGCAGCAGAAGUGCUGAAGAGCAGCCACCGUUCGGGAACAUCUACUUCGUCCCCAAAGAGGAUUCUGUGGACGAUAAGCUCGGCAGGGGAUUCAAAGCCAACUAGUUUGUCUGAUCUCAGAUUUGUAUUUGUGCUAAAAUAAAAUCCUCCAGUAAAA